UUUUUUUUUAACUUCUCCUGCUCCUCCUCCUCUCCACCUGGUGGCUUCUUUCUUUGCUUUUAAAACCCCAAACAGGAGCGGAUCUGUGCGUUUCUUCAGACAUCUGAACUUUCGCAGACAUGGACUGGGGAACAGAUCUGUGGGACCAGUAUGAUGUCAUCGACAAGCACACACAGUCGGGCCUUGACCUGGUGGACCGAUACAUAAAGUUUGUGAAGGAGCGGACAGAGAUAGAGCAGAACUACGCCAAGCAACUCAGGAGUCUAUCAAAGAAAUACGCCAAACGAGGAAGCAAGGAUGAGCAAGACUGCAAGUUCAGCAAUCACGCAUCAUUCCAGGAGAUCCUGAACGAGCUGAACGAUUACGCCGGGCAACGGGAGCUCAUCGCUGAAAACAUGAUGACGGCCAUCUGUGUGGAACUCACCAAGUACCUUCAGGACAUCAAACAAGAACGCAAAACACACCUGUCUGACGCCAAGAAGGCCCAGCAGACGUUAGAGAGCAGCUUUAAACAACUAGAAAGUGUGAGUCCCACGUUGUUGUUUGCAGAUAUUUAUUUUGCAGAUAUAAUAGAUUUUGAAAGAGGCUUUUUAACUGACUCGAUACUGUUCAUAGAGCAGCACAAGUCUGGUUUUGAGCGACCUGGAGAUGUGGAGUUUGAAGACUACACCCAGGGAAUCAAACCAGCAACCUCAGAGUCCAGCCUGCACCCACCAAAAGUGCGCGCCAAGCUCUGGCCUUUCAGCAAGAAGCACAAGACAACACAUGCUGAAAAGCACAUGCCGCCUGCUGCAGAAGAUUUCUCUCACCUUCCUCCGGAGCAGAGGAAGAAGAGGCUGCAGGCGAAGAUCGAUGAUAUCACCAAAGAGCUGCAAAAGACGCAAGAUCAAAGUGACGCACUGGAGAAGAUGAAGGGUGUGUAUGAGCAGAAUCCACAGAUGGGAGACCCCUCCAGUCUGGAGCCUCAGAUCACAGAAACUGCCCAGACCAUCGGCCGUCUGAAGGGGGAGCUCGCCAAAUACGAGGCGUGGCUGUCAGAAGCAGUGGGAGGAGAGGAAUCUUCCAACACCGUCAACAAUAACGCUCAGCAUAGUGUCUCCAGCGCUGUAACAGCUGACCCGUCUCAGAACAUCUACACAGAGUUUGAUUAUGAAUUUGACGACGUAGAAAGUCCCAUUGGCCAGUGCACGGCUCUGUACACCUUCGAAGGCAACAGCGAGGGCACCAUUUCCAUUACAGAGGGAGAGCUGUUGAGUGUAAUGGAGGAGGAUAAAGGCGAUGGAUGGAUGAGAGUCCUUAGAGGCAAUGGAGAGGAGGGCUAUAUACCUUCAUCCUAUGUCAAACUCACACCUUAACUCCCAUCAAAGGGCUCCUGAUGGAAGUUAAGAGCCAAAGGUGAAUGCAAAGUCAUCCAAGAUAAUUGGAGCUGUUUUCUACAUGUUUUUAUCUCAGCCGGUGACGUGUGUGUGCAGUGAGAUGAAAGUGAGUGAUUAUAAAGCUUGUUAUCGAGGCUGAUUGCAGUAUCAUACACUCCCUGUCUCUGCUCGCUGUGGCAGGAGACGCAGCCUCUAAAUGCAGACUGUCAGUCCUGUCUGAUCUUUUUAGAUUACAGCUUUUUUCGAACUAAAAAAAAAAAAGAAGGAAAAAAAAACAAACUACUUUUGAAUGUAUACCCGAACUUUUUGUCACCGUGUUAAGUGACGACUCCUAUUCAGCAUCGUAGUAGCCUCACGCUACACUUGUUUAUGGCAAUACUUAUAUCCGCCCACUUGACUUUCCCACUGCCAGUUUUAGUAACCUGCUGAUCUUUUUUCUUUUUGUAACACCAACUCUCUACAAAACCCCUUGUCUGACAGGAUAAUGUGAGUUUUUUUGUUUUUUUUUACCAUGGUGAUGUGAUGUUUUAUAGCUUUUAACUGGAUGAAAACCACUACAGGGAGAGUACAAAAUAUAUCUUUCAAUGGACCAAGACGUUAAAGGACAGGCUCUCGUUUUCUUUUUAUAUUUGUCCUGAAACAGUUGUCAGGUGUCCAUAUGAAAAGUGAAACAGGUUUUCUUGCUAUUUUCCUGUUUAUAUUAACCAUUAAAGGAUCUCUUCCUAAUGCACUUUCACUGGUGAAGGGGAAGAAAUCCACAGGUCUGGAGUUGAACUGAUCAAGUGGGCAUCUUUCAGUGUUUUAUUAAAUAAAAAUCAUUCUUUGUGUUACCAUCGCUGUAGCAGAAAUCACAAAGAGGAAUUUCAUUUUGAAAAUGCUGUAAAUUUGGAAGGCAUCCACUUGAUUUGAUCAGUCGAACUGCUAAACCUUUUUAAAGAGGUUGUGGGCUGUGUUUUGCUUGUCAUCUCUAGUCUGGCUCCCCGGAUGUAGACUGGAGGUAUAACCCUGCCAAACUUUUAGGUAGCAGCCUACAUGAAAACUUUAUAUUUAGCUGAAGGUUUGGAUUGUGCAACAAAAGCAGCCCUGCUCGUUUAUUUUUCUGUAAAUUAGACAUUUAAAUGACGGCGCUCACCUCUCUGUGUGUAAAUGUUCCACCAAAACAAGUCUCUGUUUUCAGUGAACACCAUCACUGUAUCCUGUUUUUAGCCCUGCCUCAGAUUACUGUGAUUGUGUUAAAGAAAUACAAACAUCCCAAAGUGUUUUUUUUCCCCUGUAACAGAAUGAUAAUGAAGGCCAGUAGACCAUCCUAUACAGCGCCACAUUAGUGCUAGAAAAUGGUCUGGUGUGUGACACUGAUCAUCAUUUACAUUGGAAGUGAUCUGAAAAGGGAAAUCCUGGCUGUAAAGACAAACAAAAAAAGAAAACUGUGUGCAAAACCUGUUUCAAUGUUCACAUGGUCACGUGAGCACUGUUAGGACAGAAAGAGGGGGAAACGUGAACCUGUCUCUUAACUCCAUGUGAUGUAUUUUCAGUUCUCUACCACAGAAAGGGUUUUAAUGGAAGCUUGCUUUGCAACGUUUUUUGUGAAUUUUAGGCAUGAUGUGUAAAAAAAAAAAUCCAAAGGAAAAGCACAAUAGCAGUGAUGACCAAAGUUCAAUGCAAAGUAAAAAUAUAGAGUUUAUUAUUUUAGAACUCCUGUGAAUGGCCUGUGUCAGAGGGAGCAGCCUUUGUGCAGGUCUCUUCUUCAUGUUUAAUUUCGAACUUUGCACAGAAGUGGCUGGACUCGGUGUUGGAGCGGUUUCAGGUCUGACGGUCAGCUGGUUCCUCUUUAUGUUUGUCAUAGUCUGGUUUCACAUGGUUUAACUGCCUGUUUUCACUUUUUGAGCCUCUGGACAUCUGAAUCUCACUCUUAUUGUCUCGCCGAAAUCCUCUGAAACAACGGCCAUUUCAAAAAAAAAAAAAAAAAAAGAAAAGAAAAAGACAAAACUUUGUCAUUAUUCUUACUUGAAAUCCAGAUGGCCUGUUCAACCAAAUUUCCAAAAAAUCAAUAUGGCACUAGGCUAUAUUUCAAAGGGAGGAAAUGAGAGUUUUGAGAUUCAUCUCCUCACUGGAUCACUGCCAAGAGUGAACAAGCACUUUUAAAAUCUGAAUCUGAAAUGCUUAAAGCUCUCUUUCUCUCUCACUGAGCCACAUGAGGUUUAUUCAUCUCUGUCUCUGCCACUCUGUCCUGCACAAUGUUUUCUCAACAUUUAAGGGGUAUUAUUGUAUGAUCCAUUUUUGAACGAGAAUGUCUGUAUUUACAUGUAUCAUAAAGUGAAAACAAAAAA